UUCACUAGAGUGCGCCAGCCCGUGGCCUGGUCGCCAAAGUGACCCUGAAAUUCUUAUAAAUUAAUAAAAAUGGGCCGUAUCGUGCCUUCUCACCGGCCCAUAUAGCGCUAUAGGGUUGCUUACCCUCGUCGGCCGACGAUACGAUUCCCCAGUUCCAAUCGCCGCUGCCGCCCGCCCGCCUGACGUCCCCUUGCCGCCAUGCCAGACCACCUUGCCGCCGCCACUUUCAGGCGCUGUGGCCGUCUCCCCUGGGUGCUCACCGACUCAAAGUGCCACAUCGGCGACCGCGACAACGCGACCACCGCCCGCGGCGUCACGAGCCAAAGCGGCGACAUCAAGGUGACCUUCGAGCUCGCGGACCCGCCCGACGUCUCUCGCUGCUUCGUCCACUGCCCCGUCCUGGCGGAGGGCCGCUACGGCGGAGAUCCCGUGGUUGUGAGUUCGGCGGACGCCUUCGUCCUUCUCGCCGUCCCGUUCACCGGCGACUCCAAGCGCAGGGAGUACAACGAUUUCUUCGUCUACAGGGCAGGCCCAGGGGCCCCAUCCCUCCACCUUCUCCCCAGCACCUACCACUACCCCGACUACGUCACGCUGGCCGGCGUCGUGCCCCGCGCCCAUCUCAACAACAAAGACUACGCCGUGGUCUUCCCCUUGGGAUCAAAAUUUCGCUCGCUAUACAACUCUACCAGCAAGAUAUGCGACUUCCUCGUGUAUCACUCCGAUAUCUCCAAGUGGCCGUGGCGCGCCGAGACGGCCAUCAUUACCAUGCACACCAAUUACCACAAUCACGAGGUAAUUAUGCGGCACGAAGGCACCCGCGUGAUCUUCGCCGGAAGGGAAACACUUGGCUGGGUCAAUCAUUGGCAUGGCAUUAUUCUAUGCAAUGUGCUUGACAACAACGCGGUCAUGCGUUUGAUCCAAUGGCCUGUUUCGAUCCCUUGCAAUAUAGUGUCGCGGUUCGGCAUGGGAGUCGACAAUAUCUACGCACGGCCGUUUUGCGACGUCGCUAUAAGCAACGGCGUCAUCAGGUUCGUCGAGUUGAAACCUUGUCAGCGUAGCGAUCCCUGCAAUGAUAAAGCGGUCAUUGGCCAAGGCUGGACGGUCACCACAUGGAACAGGGGGAUCCGCUCAAACAAGUGGGACAAGAGGUUCACUGUCAAGGCUGAUAAUGUGCCUAACACAGGUUUAAGUUACCCUAAGGUAUCAGGCGGCAAGAGGCUAUGCUGGGACAAGGUGGUUCAUGGUGGGCCCACUCUGAGCUUGUGUGACGACGAUGUUGUCUAUAUUAUGGCUAGACUGGACAUCCGGCCCGCGAUUGCAUGGAUGCUUGCCAUUAACAUUAGAGAGGGAACACUGGAAGCGGUCAAGCAGUGUUCUGCUGAAAAGAUGCUUGGUCUUGAACCGACUUAUGUUCGGUGUGCCUUGUCCAACUACCUCAAGCAGUGGAGAAGGUCUUGAGGAAAGGAAGCUUGCAGAAAAACUACGAAGAAGUCAGUUAUGAGGAAAAUUUUGCUCAGAUGAUACAGGAAGCUGGACAUGAGAAGGUUGAAUAAGAACACGUCCCUGGUGGUCAGUCUACUUGCCAUUUAGUAUGGAUGAAAACUCAUAGUAGAGAAGGCGGUGGAUUCGAAUCCUCUUAAGCAGUAGUUGGACUGAACAGAUGACUAUUUUCUUUGUUUCAAAAUCAAGUAACGACUGUCAUUAUUGUUUUUCUCUCAACUCGAAAUAAGAACAGAGGCAUGGUCUUAUUGUUUUUUC